AUGGAAAGCCAAACCCUCUUCUCGUCCAGAUCCGGCGGCUCGACGGCCAUGACUAAGCUCGGGCCGAACCCGGCUAACUCCUGCCCCCUGACGCCGCUAGGAUUCCUGGAAUGUGCGGCCACCGCGUACCGCGAUUGCCCCUCCGUCGUCUACCACGACACCGUCUACACCUGGAGCCAGACCUUCCGCCGCUGCCUCCGCCUCGCCUCUGCCCUCGCCUCGAUUGGGAUCGCCCGCCGGGAUGUCGUGUCCGUGCUGCUGCCGAACGUGCCGGCCAUGUACGAGAUGCAGUUCGGCGUGCCGAUGAGCGGCGCCAUCCUGAACAACAUCAACACGCGCCUCGACGCGCGCACCGUGUCCGUCCUCCUCCACCACUCCGGCUCCAAGCUCGUCUUCGUCGACCCGGCGUCGCUCCAGCUCAUCGAGGACGCGCUCCGGCUCCUGCCGCCGGAGCACCCUGUCCCCCGCGUCAUCGUCGCGGAGGACCCCCACGAGAAGGAGCUCCCUCCCGCCCCCGCGACGGCGUUGACGUACGAGGGGCUGCUUGAGAAAGGCGACCCGGAUUUCGCGUGGGUCCGGCCGGCGAACGAGUGGGAGCCGAUGAUCCUAAACUACACCUCCGGUACGGCGUCGGCGCCCAAGGGGGUGUUGCACUGCCACCGCGGCAUCUUCUUGAUAACCCUCGACUCGCUCGUGGACUGGGCGAUGCCGGCGCGGCCGACGUACCUGUGGACGCUCCCCAUGUUCCACGUCAACGGCUGGAGCUUUCCGUGGGGGGUAGCCGUGGUGGGCGGCAGCAACGUCUGCCUUCGCCGCGUAGACGCCGCCGAUGUCUACGCCGCCAUCUCUCGCCACGGGGUGACGCACCUCUGCGGCGCGCCGGUCGUGCUGAACAUGCUGGCCAAUGCACCCGAGGCCGUGCGGAAGACGCUGCCCGGCAAGGUGGAGAUACUCACGGGCGGCGCACCGCCGCCCGCUGCCGUGCUGCACCGCACCGAGGCCAUCGGCUUCAAAGUCAGGCACGGGUACGGGCUAUGCGAGACGGCGGGGCUGGCGACGUCGUGCGUCUGGAACGCGGAGUGGGACAAGCUGCCCGCCUCGGAGCGCGCGCGGCUCAAGGCGAGGCAGGGCGUGCGCACGCCGGCUACGGCCGAGGUCGACGUCGUCGACGAUAAGAGCGGCCGCAGCGUGCCCCGUGAUGGCUCCACGGCAGGCGAGGUAGUGAUCCGAGGAGGGUGCGUCAUGCUGGGUUACUUCAACGACGAGGCGGCGACACGGGCGUCGAUCAGGCGAGACGGCUGGUUCUACACGGGGGACGUCGGGGUGAUGCACCCGGACGGGUACCUGGAGAUACGCGACCGCUCCAAGGACGUGAUCAUAAGCGGCGGGGAGAACAUCAGCAGCGUGGAGGUGGAGUCCGUGCUGUACGGCCACCCGGCCGUGAACGAGGCGGCGGUGGUGGCCCGGCCGGACGAGUUCUGGGGCGAGACGCCUUGCGCGUUCGUGAGCCUCAAGGUGGACAACGGUAGGGGCGAGCUGACGGAGGCGGAGCUCGUGGCAUGGUGCCGGGAGCGCAUGCCGCGCUACAUGGUGCCGAAGACCGUCGUGUUCCGGGACGAGCUGCCCAAGACGUCCACGGGCAAGAUCCAGAAGUACGUGCUCCGGAACAUCGCCAAGGAGUUGGGGCCCACCAGCAGGGGCGUCAGCAGCAAGAUGUAG